UUGUCAAUUCUUAUGACAUGUGUAUUUUAGAUCAAGCGAUCAGAUUCAGCUUUCUUUUGGGAAGAACGAGAUAUUAUGGCAUAUUGUGAUAGUUCUUGGGUUGUUCAGGUAUUUGCUAGUGUAAUAUUACUGUACAUGUAUACUAUACUUAAUUUUGAUGAAAUCUCAAAAUCGACUCAAAUAGGUAUUACUAAGACCUACUUAAAAUAGUAUGUGUGGUUUCAGUUAGCAAAUAAACUCAAACUAUCUUUUAUUUGUAGUUACAUUUUGCAUUUCAAGAUGCAAAAUAUCUGUACAUGGUAAUGGAUUAUUGUGCAGGUACUGUAUACAGUAAUGGUGCAAAUAAAGUUAUUACCAAAACCGCAGAUGCCUUCACUCAUCCGAAAAAUUGUGUUUUGUUUGCAUGUCAAGAGAGUGACAUUAGCUAUUAACCAAACCAUUGCCAUUAAACAGAUUGUCUUUUUUUUUGGGAGGGGUGGGGGUGGGGGGUGGGGGGGACUGAACCAGGCAUUAAAAUAGCGUGUCCUUGUACACACUUUGUGUCCUUGUAAAAGGCGAAUGUGCCCUUGUGAAUUGAAAAGUGUGUACUUGAAAAUAUAUUAAACAGAAAAUAUAUUAAUGUAAUCCACGCAAAAUGGCCAAAUAUUUUCCAAAUCUGUUCUCAGAACACUGGAAAUGCCAUUUCAGAGACCCCCUUAAAAGCUCGCGUCUUCGACGCUAAACUUGUGGCUUCGCCACUCGUUCUCGUGAGUCAGCGCAUUUAUACCAAAAAUACGCCUCUGAAGGCAAAGUGUGUCCUUGUAAAAAUUCCGUAUUUUAAUGCCUGGACUGAACUGCUGGUGAAUUGUAAAAUGUUAAUGGCAUUUUUUUGUCUAUGAUGAUUUUGUCUUUGAUGAUUUUGUCUAUGAUGAUUUAAGACUGCUCUGUCUAAUAUGUCAGUUUUUUUUUUGUGUGUGAUAAUACUCCUCUGCAGAACUGAGAAGCACAUGCCUAUGCCAUACAGCAGUUAAACAUGUGGGCUGCUGUAUAUACCUGCAAAUUACUCUGCGAAAGACAGUGAGUUGUUAAUAAGUAAAAGUUUCAAUUAACUAUUUGUGCAUAUAGGUGGUGAUUUAGUAAAUCUAAUGAGCAACUAUGAUGUACCAGAAUCAUGGGCAAGAUUUUAUACAGCCGAAGUUGUCCUUGCUUUGGAUGCUAUACAUACUAUGGGCUUUAUACACAGGUGAGAUAUGUAUUAACAUCUAACGCACUCGAGCUUAAGCAAGCAAUUCUUUGGAGGGUGUAGCUCUGUUGGAGAGGUUCUGGCUGCUUAGUUUACUCGGCAAGCCGGUUUACGAUGAACUCCAUUCUGCGCAGCUGUCUUCUUGGUAGAAGAGACUUUCAGACAUCCCAGCAUCCCACUUGACUAAUAUCAAUGAUGCCAAGAAUUAGCCUCUGCAAGGACAGAGCUAACGUCACACCACAGGUGGAAACGGAAUUAAUAAUAAAUAAAAUAGUAACAUGAACGUAUGAGAUAUCUUAACUGCUAAGCAUACAAAGCAGAGCACAACAAACUAUAUGCACCUCCCGACCAGAGGGAAUCCAAAAAACGCUGGAUAACGCAGGAUACCAAUCUAAAAGAAAUCACCCGGACUAGCCGGAGAACAAGCCCGACGAGCGGGUGCGGCAUAAUGCAAAUAACUAACACAACACGGACGUUGCUAGCAAGGAUGACAAAAAGGACUACCCCCACCAUUUACACUACACGGACAGACAAAAGGAGUAAUGGUGAGGGGACAAAUGCACGUCCAAGCAGACGAACAAAUCACAAAAUUAAAUAUGCUGAUGCACAGAUACACACAUCGGCAAGCAGCCGAACACCCGGCAAGCAGCCGCACGGGGAGGGGACAAUAGCCCAAGAUCGAGCAAACAGCCAGAGGGGGGGGGGGGGGCAGGCAGCCCAUGGGACCGGCAAAAAACAGCCGGAGGUAGACCGGCAAGCAGCCAGCAAGCACAGGCAAGCCUGAAAACAAGAACCUGGCAAGCAGCCGGCGCUAUCGCAGGCAAGGGGGAAACACUAUCGGGUGGGUGGGUGGGAAAUCGAGUUCACAGUGUGAGAAGCAGUAUGCAAGUGAGCACAGCCCGUGAGCACAGGAAAUGGCAAACUCCCGCCCGCUGACAACAGACUGCUUCUGAUUGGUCAAUGAAAUUGAUCCUGCAUAAAUGCAUAAUUUACAUAUUAUAAUGACCCACAUCACAACUCGUGCUAGAAGUUAACUAUUUUUAUUAUUGCAUAAACACAUUGAAUUAUUAAUUCAAUUGAUGUGAAUAAAAUAAUGUAUUGUAAAUUUAAAGUUUGUUUGUUCAUGGCAACUAGGUAUGUCAAUCAUGUUUUCGCUCACUACUCUGGUUUACAUAAAUGAAUACAAAGCCCAAGAUUGUAAUCAAGACCUUGUAAUCAAAAUUGUAAUCAAGACCUUGAUUACAAUUUGACUGGGCUUUGUAUUCAUUUAUAUAAACCAGAGUAGCGAGCAAAAACAUGUAUUAUUAUAUGGCUUUUCAAAAUUCUCUAUUCUGAUUGGUUGACAAGCGGUCCAUAAAAACCCAUAUCCAGACUGUGGUGCGUAUUUUCCCUAUCUGGACCGGUGUCCUGGAUGUUGUUUAUCUGGCGGGAAAUUUUUGCUUUGCAAACAGAAAAAAUUUUUGCUUUUUCAUUUUCCAAUUGUGUGUCAUUAAAAUUUACAGAUAAAAAUUUCAAGCAACCAAAUUGUUUUUGAUUGAGCAUGCAUGCCUACCGUAUAUUGUUAUGAUAGCCGAUUUGAUGAUUCGCUCGAAAAGCAUAUGCUCACAGACUCAGUUCUGCCAUAUAAUAAACCGAUUGUUGACCUUGCUUGUUCGGUCUCUACUCUUUUUUGCAUGCACCUUGCUCCUGUUAUAAUUGUAUUGUAAUAUUUCACUAAAUUAAUUAAAUGUUUCUUAUGUCAGUAAUGAUGGGCAUAAUUUUAUAUCCUGUUGGAUAACACCACAUACAGUAUAGUGAUUGACUGAUCAGGGUAGAAAUUUACGCUAUUUCAUUAUUUUGUAAAUGGUGAUUUGCCUUACGGAUUAGUGAACUUCAUGAUCUCAGUAUUCUGUUUGUAUGGUUAGAAAAAAUUGUGGUUGGUAUCAAUUUAGAAUAUCACUGGUACAUUAUUGAGGAUAAUAUGAAUUUGUAGAUUUGCAUGUGCAUUUGAUAAUUUUUUGCAUGUUGAUUGUUGUUGUAUAAAUAUAAAAUGUUUGCUGUGUUUUUUUCCUUCUGAUCUUCAGUUCUGAGGUCUUGCAGCUUACUUCACAACUGUCAGAGUUACUUACUAGCCUGUGAACUACAGUAGCUCUAUGAGACAUAAAAAGAAUAGUGGAUCUUCAGACGGAAUAGUAAUUUUCAAAAUCUACCAUUCCAGUUGUGUAGUGGAAGUAAAUGUAAAUUUUGGCGCCUGCCAGUAAUGGUAUCAUACCGAUUUUUGCCAUCAGAAGCUAUGUUUCUGGUUUUGUAAAAUCAAUUGUUGAGACAAUGCACACUUUAAAACAUAGACCGAUUUUCAGAUUUUGGUUGGGGGUGGGGGGUAUUGCCAACAAGCUGCAUGCAGUAUUUAUCCAAUUAUCACAAUCACACUAUUAAUCCAAAGAGCAUUUAAAUUUCUGGGCUGUUAAAGAUUGAUAUCACCAUUACUCAGUUGACUGCCAUUGUGAUGUCAUUAUAAAAUUGGUGUUGGGUAGAUUGUUACAUGAAUAACUGGUAAUUUCUGAUUGUGGCACGAUAACUAAGUCAACUACUAAUAUUUAUUAUUGCAAUGCUUCAAUCCAUUUGCCCAGAUCUUCAUUAGUGCUAAUAAUAUAUUAUAUAUCAUACUAUUAGCACGCACUGAUAAAUAUGUGUAUUACUGCUAGCAGUGCUAGGAAUAUAUUAUAUACACAUAUAUUAUUGGCAUUGAUGAAGAUCUAGGUUUAUGGAUUGAAAGCUUUGCAAUAAUAAAUAUACAUGCCUUGGUCUUUUCCACAAACUAAAAGGAUAAUAUUGUUAUUCGCCAUUCAAACAUUCAAGGAAAACUUGAAUUUUCUGCCCAGCUAUUGUUUUAAACUAUACAUUUAACUAAUCCUAGGCCUAUUGUAUACACAGUGAAGCAUGGCUGUACUAGUAUAUAAUACAUGAAAUACAACACACAUUGAUCAAUUCAUUAAAUAUUAGAUUAUUUCAAUAUUUUUAUCCUUCCAGAGAUGUAAAACCGGACAAUAUGUUAUUGGAUAGUAAAGGUCAUGUCAAACUGGCUGACUUUGGAACCUGUAUGAAGAUGGACAAGGUAUACUCAAACUUUUAAGCAGUACCCAGGGUUCAAAAUUUGUACUAUCCUAGUAUCCUGAUAAUACCUGUUUCUAAUAUUGGACAUACUGUAUGCAGACCUAGUGCACCUGGGAUGUGUGCAGGUGGAGUGGCAAUUUUCCCUUUCACUAUUCAUUUCUUAUUUUUCUUAAUUUUUGCCUUUAACAAAAUAAUUUAGUUCUCAAAAUGCUGGAAGUGGGAUAUGAGGGGCGAGGGCUUCAAAAUGUUUUGUGGAAGCAUGCCCCUUGACUACCUAGAAAUGCACCCCCUCUGGAAUACCUGCACCCCUUAGCAAAUGAGGCCAUAUCUGCCCUUGGUUUUGGAUAGCAGAUGUGGAUACUGUGUGUUCUACACUUUAUUUGGAUAUCCAGGAAAUUCUUGCCUAAGCCAUUUUCAUAUCCACAUGUUCAGCCCUCAUAAUUCGCUUCAGCACUUGGCAAUUGCUGAGAAAAAUGCUAAGCAUAUUGAGAAUGUUCUGACUUGCUUCAUCAAGAUACUCUAACUACAACAGUCAGUUUAACAUUUGUAAUGUUGAAUUCUGUAAUUAGAUACAGUAGAGGAAUGGUUGUGGCUUUUAAGUUUUAAAUAAUAUAAACGGUUGAAAGCAUAUUAUCUUGUUUCGAUAAUUUGGAUACUACUUUUACUAUCAUUUUACUCUGUCUAAUGCCAUUGUGCCGGACUAUUUUACUUGUCAAGGGGAGAGGGCUAGUGCUCAAAGGGUUAAGAAAUGUUUGUGUCCAUACUAGAUACCCGAGAAAAACCCUGACACUACAGGCUUUCCAAAGUGAAAAAAUUCAGUGUACAGUAGUAUCAACCCUGAUAUUAUUUAGGAUGGUAUGGUUAGGUCCGAUACAGCAGUUGGAACACCAGAUUAUAUUUCACCAGAGGUAUGUUUGGUUUAACAAAUGCUCUCCUCCAGUGGAUAAAAUGAUUUACUGUAAUGACUUUUUUGUCAUCCAUGACCUUUGAACAACGUUUGAUUUUACUUGUUAAUGCUGCACGGUGCGAUAAUAUGCGUACUGGAGGUACGCUAAUAUUACAUUCUGUUCUGGUACUACUGUACCUGUAUGAACCGUAGUACUCUGGCUAUAUCUCAUUCUCGUACCCAGAGCCCUUCUUACGCACGGUGCGACGAGGGGCUCUGGCCAAAUCCAUAUUCCGAACAGGGAUCUGAUUGGCUAGUUCUAACAGCGGAUAUUGUUUUCUUACCAUGUUUUUAUGGUAUCCGGUUAUGGAUUUGCCAGAGCCCCUCGUCGCACCGCGCGUAAGAAGGGCUCUGGGUACGAGAAUGGCUAUAUCUGUGUACUUACUCUUUGUUGGUACUAUACGACCAGUAAACUCUCUAGGGCAUUCAAACCAUAGAUUUAACAUGUCCUGGCAUGAAACAUGAUUGGACUGGUGAUAUAAGAUGAGACAAAAGAAUGUUUGAGUCAACUGUUACUGUACAGCAUGUCUGUAUAUAUGCUGCGAUGCUGCUCCUUGUUCUAACUUGUAGAUUACUAAGAUUACUGAAUGAAUAACUUUUAGAAAACUGUGCUUUAUAUGCAUUUGUCUUCUAGACUACAGUAAGUACACCUUGAGUCUCAGUUUGUAUAGUGGCAAGUAUGUGGCAAUAAUCACAUGUACUGAAUACUUUAGGUGUUGAAAUCUCAAGGAGGUGAAGGUUAUUAUGGGAGAGAAUGUGAUUGGUGGUCUGUCGGAGUAUUUCUUUAUGAAAUGCUUGUGGGUAAGUUAGUUUAAGUUGUAUAUAACGUACCAUAUCAAACCUGCAAUUCACCCACCCGUCAGGUGUAACUCGAUUUUUUAACAAAUCUCCAGAUCACCUGAUCGAAUGUCAUACUCACACGAUUUUAUUGGGUUUUCGACUUAGAAUACAAACACUAUCGUGAUUAUUAAUAAUACAUGUAUUUUUCUAACAAAGCCAUUCUCUGCCAUUUCUAUUAGUUUUAAAUUUUUCUAGUUGUAAUGUUAAUAGCUUGCAUUCACUAAUCUCAACAUUGUUGUUGAAGUGGCUUCGGUGGCACAAUAGACCUUUCCCCUUAUGAGUGAAAUAUUGAUCUAGAUAUGCCUGGACAAAAAUUUCAUCACAGCUUGAAAGAUCAUCACAAAAUUAGUAAUAUUCUGAAGUUUCGUUGCGACAUGUUGUAAAAUGCGGAUAAUAUACAGUAGUCUUGCGAAGUUUGCAAUUUUCAGUCAUUUUGUAUUACAAAUGGGAAAUUGAUAAUCAGUUUGAUCAUCUGAUUAUCAAUUUCCCGUGCGUAAUCUAAAAUGAAUGAAAAUUGCAAACUUCGCAAGGCUAUAUUAUCCGCAUUUUACAACAUUUCGCAACGAAACGUCGAAUUACUAAUUUUGUGAUGAUCUUUCAAGCUGUGAUGAAUUUUUUGUCCAGCCAUAUCCAGAUCAAAAUUUCACUCAAAAGGGGAAAGGUCUAUUGUCGGAACAAGUGCCUUUCACCUCUCAGAUCAUGGGUUCGAUUCUCGCUGUGAACGCACGACACUUACUAUAUGUGAAAAGAGUCUGUCAACACUUUACCGAAAGUCGUAGUCGCACAGGGUGGGUUGGGAUAAGCCCCUAGCUGACCCUUCUAUCAUGGCUGCGCUCUCUGAUCAGACAUGCAUGAGUCAUUAACUGGCUGCCAGAGGCACCCUUACAAAGUCAGGUUGAGCUCCUAGUUGCAAGUUUACAAGGAUGAUUAGCACUCCCCGACUUGCUUUGCUCACAAUUUCAUACAAAUUUGUUUUUUGGUGACUUUGGUCUCUUAGAAAAUCCAUUUAAGGUGGCUCGAUACAGUUUUCAAAAAUUCAGUUGUUCAACACUUUGAAAUGUUCAAACUACGCAUUUUUGGGAUUUAUUCAGCAGAUAUUUUUUUUUUUUUACAUAUUUUGAUAUCUCUACUUUCAAAUUAUAUUAGUUUCAGUAACAGAUAUUUCGUUGCUAUGACAACAUACGUGUACAAAAUUUACUCCAAAAUGGCAUAUCGUCUGGUAUAGCUGGAAAAGAAGCAUGGUGACCCCCAAAUCUUUUUCGUGCAUUAUUUUACUUGGACGAAAAGCUAACAAUUAGCAAAAUAUUAAAAAAAUCUGUAAUGCCAUUUUUCUGGAAAAUACGAAAAUGUCGUACUCUUCGGUAAAAUAUUUUUGGCAUUACAGAAUUUUUUUAUUUUUUGUAUAAUGAAAGUUUUUAGCGGUGCAAUACAGCAUGUAAAAUUUGAACAUAGGUCACCAGACAAAAUAGAGAGAUAUAGCGCAUUGUUUUUCUAAAAUGAAAAAUUCUAAUGACGUCAGCAAUUGACAUAAAACACUCUAGAACACGCGCAAUAACGUGGGAUGGCGCGAGCAAAUGCUCACGUCAGGUCAUUUUGGAAGUUCUUUCAUUUUGUUAAUCAGUUUCCGCGACCUGCGCGUGAGAAUGGUCACCCAGUUUUGUUCGCAAUUCUUGAGCAAAGUUUUUGUGAUAACUAUGUCGAGCCACCUUAAGGUGAUUUGGGAAAUUUUCAAAAAAUCUCCAAAUUUUGUAAAGAUUUUCUUCUGGCAACGGUUGGCAGGUCUGAACAAAGAUCUACCUUAACUUUAUGGCUACUAGCAAACACGUGCUAAAAUUUUACGAGUUUGCGAGCGUUAUAUUCGAGGCCAAUGUUACCGGAAAAAUGUGUAUGCCAGAUUUUUGAGACAUUCUUUAUGUUUUUAGGUGAUACGCCUUUUUAUGCAGAUUCCUUAGUUGGUACCUACAGUAAGUAAUUCACAAUUAUUAAUUCAUGAAUUCGUGCCCCUGCGAAAGAGAAACAUAUUUGUGCACGGGAUAUAACCUCCAUAUGCACCUGUCAUACUGAAACAGGCAAACAUGAAAACGAGGCCAUUGGAACAAAAGUGUACUGUAAUAAACAGUGACGUUUAUGCCAUUGCUAGACCGCUUUUGUAUUGUUCUUAUUUCAGGUAAAAUUAUGGACCACAAGAACUCUCUUCAGUUUCCAGAUGAUAUAGAAAUUUCUCCUGGUGCUAAGAAUUUGAUACAGGCCUUCCUCUGUGACAGGUAUAGCACAGUAUCACAAACCUUUGGGGGGUUUAGUCGAGGAAGAACUCGAGCCUAUCAUAUUGAUACCUAUUCAGGCGGGUUCCAAAAAUCUCCAGAUUGUACACACAGUCCUCACGAAUCGCGAUAGAUCGUGAGGACGACGUCUUAAAUUAAAGACCGAGACUCAUCGGACGCGAUUCGACAAUGCGGCGCAAUUUUUCGAUUUUCAUUGACCGAUAACUUUGAUCCUGGUUUAUAAGGAAGUUAUAAGGAAGAAAUGCAGUGCUGUUGAAUAUAAAACAAUACAGUCGUGUUAAAAUACUUGGUCUAACGUUUCAGUCUAUAAUGGCAAGUUCAUGAUGCAUACAUGUAUUAAAGCCAAACUGGGUUAGGCCAACAGAUGCUUAUACGUAAUUCGAGGCUUGAGAAAAGAAGGAUACAAUCAUAAACUUAGUUUUAAAAUCUGUCGUAUUAUCGAAACUAACCUAUGCCCUCACGGUUUAUGGAGCUUGUAACGCUGACUGAGUUGAACGAGUUUGAACAGAUAUUUUAGAAGGCAUUAUACCUCAAAACUGUUCAAUAUCCAUGAACUUAUGGAACAGUUUGAUAAAAGACUGUUUCAUAAAAUUAGAGUAAAUGUCUACCACCCACUAGAUUCACUUCUCCCUAAGGUCAAUGACUCGUCGCUGCGUUUACGACAAAGAACAAGUUAAUUGCCCCAAAUGAAUACUGAACGCUUCAAAAACAGUUUUGUAAAUAGAUUAUAUUUUAGAUAUAAGCUGACAGUCUAGUGGAUUCAAAUCAACUUUUACCUUUAACUUUAAAGAUGUACAGUGUAUGUAUAUAUAUUUAUAUAUAAUAUUAAUUUUGUAACUUUUGAUAUGUAUUUUUAUCAAAUGAAUAAAGACUUAUUAUUAUUAUUGUUUUUCAAAUAUUUAAUAGAAGCGCUAAAAAAACUGAAAAACGCGCCGCGUUAUCGAAUCUCAUCCGGUGUGUCUCGACCUUAAGUUGAAGCCAAAUAGAAAAUGUGGACGCCCAAAUUCCAUACUUUGCCGCUGUAGGGAUGUGCCGGAUCAGGUAUCCGAUAUCCAAUAAAACAUAGACAUCCAGCAGUAUACGGUAUCCAGUAAAAUUUUGCCAGAUACAUGUAUUUACCGUAUUGCACUGGAACUUUUAUUAGAACCAUGCAUGAAACUGGAGAAAAUAGUUCUUUGUGUGUUAAGAAAUUGUGUGCAAGGAACAUCUCGUGUGCAGAAAAUACUUUCGUGGUGUAAACUGCUCUAGAUUGACCGCUGAAUCCUGUGCCACAGAUAUUUAUGCUUGUUAUAUCAAGAGAUAAAUUUAUGCACAUAGUAAAACAAUGGACUAUAUAUUUAUUUUUUUUGUGGGGGGGAACUAGUGAAGUAUUGUCCAAGUAUCACAAUUGGUAUCCGGUUGUAGUUUUUCUCUGACUGGUAUCCUGCAACUAGGGUCUCACAAAACCCAGGGUCUCCGCCAGGUAGCGAUGUGCCGUAUUUUAUAUUCAAACUACAUGUAAAAGAUCGAAAAUGCUUCUAAGUUUUCAAGUGAAAGCCGUUCUUUCGUUAUUGUCAAUUCUAGGACGGUACGUAUUGGUCAGAAAGGAGUCGAUGAGAUCAGGAAACAGAGAUUUUUUAAGAAUGAGCAAUGGACCUGGGAGAACAUCAGAGAUAGUAAGUUUGUUUUAAUUUUAUCCAAGUAGUGUAUAGAUGUAGUAAAAUAAUGAAGUGUUGUAGGGUACAUUAGGCUGUAAUGCUACUUAAAUGGUUGUAUGGACAACCCGUCUUACGGAUACCUCUUUUAAUACGAACACCUCUUUAAUACGAACACCUCUCUAAUAUGGACAUCUCUCUAAUAUGGACAUCUCUCUGAUAUAUAUUAUAUGGACAACCCUCCUUAUAGACACCUCUAAUACCGAUACCUCGCCAAUACGAACACCUCUCUAAUAUGGACAUCUCUCUAAUACCUACACCUCUCUAAUACAGACGCCUUUCUAAUACAGACGCUUCUGUACUACGAACAUCUCUAAUACCGAUCACAAAGCAGACACGUCUAGAACAGGGACUUUGCUCUAUCCUUUUGGUGUUCGUAGUAAAGAAGAUCGACUGUACAGUAUACUGCAUCGUGGGAUUUGAAAAUCUUACACAAAAUCAGAUUCUAAUUUAAUGGUAAACAUAAGUUAAAUAACUUUAUUUCAUAUUUGUCUCAGUGGUAGCUCCAGUUGUGCCAGAACUUGAUUCAGAUAUCGAUACAACAAACUUUGAUGAUAUUGCUGAUCCUGAAGGUGGAGAAGAAACCUUUGCUGUCACUAAGGUAUGAAUCUGGUGUUGCACGUAUGAAAUAUUGCAUUCCAAACACGUUGAGACCGAGUACUAUUAUUUUAUUAAUAAUAUACAUAGAAAUAUUACUCGACUGUGAUUGGUUGGUUUCAGUGCAUUUAAUCCCAAACAGCUGUGCAAAAAUCUGUAACAACAGUGCAAAAAUCUGUAACAAACUGAUCUGAUUGCAGGUGGAAAAACAUUGUGAUCAUAAAAUCAACCAAUCAAUUUAAAGCAGUUUAGUUUAAAGAAGUAAACGGUCACAGAUUGCUUCAAAACAAAACAAACAUGGCGCCGCGCUACAUAAAGUAAAAGUUGCCUUCGCGUGGAAAAUUUGGCUUUUAUCUUUAUUUUUAAACGGAAAAGCGUUUACCUUAAACAAGACUAACAAAAAUUUCAUAGUUGAGUGGAAUUUUCAAGCUGUUAGCGUUGUAUAAUGUGUUAUAACAAAGCCAGGAAAACUUUGCCAGUGGAAUGUUCGCUAUAUUAAACGCGUAAGUUAAUAAAACUACAAUUGUCUCGAACAUUUUUAUGUAAAUUAUUAAUAAGUAAUAGCAUGGUUUCUCGUGAAAUUUGGAUAAACAUGCAGUCGUGAGUUUUUCAAAGACCUCAAAUAGCACUCGUCCUUCGGACUCGUGCUAUUUUGAGGUCUUUGAAAAACUCACUCGUGCAUGUUAUAUCCAAAUUGCACUCGAAACCAUGCUAUUACCUAUACUAAUGUAUAUCGUAUUCAUACAUGAGGUAGACAUGAAAUGAACGACAUGGUACUACGGCCUACUUCAUUAAUGCAGAAUUUGAAACCGGGCUGGCUCGUUUCUCAUAUGGAUACCAUUUGAAUUUUAUGCGCGUUACCAAAGGGCGUGCGGAUUUGACUCCGAUGAGUUUCUAGCUAGGCUCGUAUGAACAGUCUCCGAGAUACUACAGUAUAUACUAAAGGUGUGUAAAUCGGAUUCGUUCGGAUUUCGGAACCAAAAUAUUCAUAUUGGAUCGGAUUGAUAAAGUUGUUUCGUAGUCGGAUCGGAUCGGACUUCGAUAUCCGAAAUAAAAUGAAUUAAUUAUCCACGCAUUACCGCAAUAAUUAAUUAUCCAUGCAUUUAUCAAAGCAUUAUCGCGGUUGUUGCUGCAUUUUUUGUUUGAUACAGUACUUCAAUGGGACUUUUAUAUUUAUUUGGUUAAAUAUUUCAACUUGAAGGGGAAUUUUAUUAAAGAAUUCUUCGGAUCGGAUCGGAUUGGAAUUCUUUAUCAAAACUCGGAUUCGGAUUAGACAAUUUCGGAUAGGAUUUUAAACAUUAGGCAAUUGUCGGAUUAUAAACGUUCAAUCCGAUCCGAUGCACACCUCUACUAUAUACUAUAUAAACUAUACUUUAGGCCUUACCUAAUGUGGUUCCACUUCAGGCUUUUGCUGGGAACAAUUUACCUUUCAUUGGAUUCACGUAUUCAUGCGACUACGAGUAAGUCAUCUGUAAUUCAUGUUGCAAUUUUUGUAGAUACAUCGAUAGUGUCUAUUUUGUACUGUGUAUAAUGUGUCAUUCUGAGUAUUUGACUUCAAAGUUUUAGAAAUACUGUAGUUCAUUGGGAAAUAAUUCUUUUCUCUAUUAUAUAGGUAUUCAAUUGGUAAAGGAAAAGCUGGUUCAGUAAAGAAACCUCCAGAUUCUGUGGUGAGGACUUAUACUUUAUUAUUACUGUAUAUAUUCAAACUUUAUUGGUUGGUCAACAGUCCCCGUCUGAUCCUCAAUAUGGCCGAUUCACACUACACAGUUUGCCUAAAACUGUCGCAUACUGUACAACCUGUUUGCCUAACUUUGAGUUUUACUUGGCAAAUCUAAUACACAAUUCACCUACACGUUGUCGUACGUGAGUUAUGUGCUUCAUUUACACAAUAGAGCGUUUGCACUCAAUCCCCAGGGACCAACUUGGCAAAUUUCUCGACCAUGUUGGUGUUCCAGACAAAAUAGUCUAAUUAAAAUUCUUUUGAAUUGGAACACCAACAUGGCGGCUGUGACGUCAUGUGCAAACGCUCUAUAUACAUCUAAAGUUGUAAGCGGGUUGUCUGCGACAGUUUCGGGAAAAGAAGUUGUGUACGCCAUGUUCUUAUGCCAUCAUGUACUGACGCUAAACACAAUUCGUACCCGUGGCUAAAUUGACGACACAAUUUGUGAAAAGUCCCGUAGUAAAAGAAACGACGAGAUUAGGCGUGUGUACGGGAUGGCGCAAGAAAAUGGCUAUAGUCUGGUGAAUUCGAUCAGGAUUCCUGGUUAAAAUAUUCCUUGUUAAAAAUAUUGACCUAGGUGUAAAAAAUUCUUGAUAUCUCAUCCUCAUCCAAUAAUUGUUUAUCACAUGCAUUUUGACCGGUUGUUCAUCUUAGGAUUAUGGUGCUAGUGGUUACUACAAUGCAGGGCAG